UUGCGAAGAAGAGAGACAAAGAAGAUGAUGAUCAGCUCCUCCAUUGCAAUUGCAUCAUCAUCCAUUUCGCUUGUCUCUUCGUCUCACAAGAAAUUCUCAAUCGAUCUCAAUUCGUAUCGAAAACGUAACCGGAGAUGCUCAAUUGUUAGCUCCGGCGUCAGAACGGCGAGGCAGCGGCAGAGUCAAGCCGCCGUGUCCGCCACUGAAUCUAGGGUUUCUCUCGUCUUUGCUCUCGUCUCUCAGGCUUCCUCUGUAUCUCAACGCCUUUUGGCUGAUUUGGCUGUGGAGACUGCGAAAUACGUGUUUCCCAAGAGAUUCAAUAGCUCUAAUCUUGAAGAAGCUUUAAUGUCUGUUCCGGAUCUGGAGACGAUGAACUUCAGAGUUCUAAGUAGGACAGACAAGUACGAGAUUAGAGAAGUUGAGCCUUAUUUUGUGGCCGAGACUACAAUGCCAGGGGAAACUGGAUUUGAUGUCUAUGGUGCUUCUAAGUCUUUCAAUGUGUUAGCUGAGUACCUCUUUGGUAAGAACACAAUAAAAGAGAAGAUGGAAAUGACAACCCCUGUUGUUACUCGUAAAGUCGAGUCUGUUGGAGAAAAGAUGGAAAUGACAACUCCCUUGAUAACUAGCAAGGCAAAAGAUCAAAACCAGUGGCGGAUGUCUUUUGUCAUGCCCUCUAAGUAUGGUUCGAAUUUGCCAUUGCCAAAAGAUCCUUCAGUCAAAAUUCAGGAGGUGCCACGAAAGAUUGUUGCUGUUGUCGCCUUCUCAGGCUAUGUUACCAAUGAAGAGAUUGAGAGACGGGAACAAGAACUAAGGAGGGCUCUUCAAAAUGACAAAAAGUUUCGAGUGAGAGAUGGAGUAUCAGUUGAAGUUGCACAGUAUAAUCCACCAUUUACUCUGCCGUUUACGCGCCGCAACGAAGUCUCUCUCGAAGUUGAAAGCAAAGAAGAUUAGCCCCCCCC